AUGUAUAAACAAGAACUAGUAUUAUUGGGUAUCCCCAUAUGUGAAACGACAGAAUCGAAACAUGUGAAUCCUAACUUACCAUCACACGAACCAUUGUUGCCGCAUAUUAAAAACGCAAAGUUUUACAACUGCUCCACAGAAGUAUGCGAACCUGUAAACUUGUUUUCUCUAACUCAAAUAACUCCUGCGCAUCGCUUGAGAUAUUGCUAUUAUCACGGGCAAAAGUAUAGUUGUCAAAAGCUAAAAUACCAUAGUUAUAAAGACGUAGACAAGUUAUUGUUUCUAUCCAACAAUAUAGAGAAUAAGGCGUUCUACUUAGUUGAUUGUUUGAUAUACUCUGGAGGUGAGCGUGUGUGUCAUAAGAAGGACGGAUCUGAUUCACACACCAAAUUGAUUGACGCUGGCAACAUUGUUCGACCGAAAGAAGCAAACGUUCUAUCACAGGACGAGUUUAUAUGCGAAGAAGAUACAGAUAAAACUAUAAACUGCGAUUACAAUCGAGUUGUUCCGUACGCAGAUGAAUUCAAAUUAAAAGAUUCAGUGCAAACCAGUGACAAGAUACUCUUGAAAACUGGCAGUUCUUUGGUUAUUCUGGAAUAUGGCUGUUUGAACUCGUGGUGUGGUUUUACUGGGAGGGUACUGCCGAGUCGUAGAAUGGAGCAUUACGAACCACCUGGAAAAGUAUAUCGCUGUUAUUACGCAAAAAGGCAGCAGGUUUGCAAGGAGCUCUACAGCAAAAUGAGGCCAGUGUACAACGAACGAGACUGGCUGAGUUCUUAA